CUGCCCAAGCGGAAGAUGAAAACCCUAAGCUGGACAAAGAUUCCAGUCUCUAUGAUAGGUGAAUCAGUAUGGACUGAAAUGCAGAGCGAAGCAAAGAGUCUUAGAGUUGAUUUCAAGCAAAUGGAAGAACUGUUCUGUCAGAAAACUGCUACUGUGCAACAUCGAAAGUCUUCUCCAGUAACACUUCCAGCACCAAUAACUCCCAAGAUCACUUUACUGGAAACCAAGAGAGAUCUGGCAGUAAACAUUUAUCUAAAACAGUUCAAAUUGGGAGGGAAAGCAGUCAUAGAAGUUAUAAAGAACCUUAAAGGAGGUGAUAUAGGUCCUGAGAAACUGAAAGCUCUCUUGCCACUACUUCCCACAGAAAAAGAGAAAGAAGAGUUUCCUUCAAGAAUAUCUGAACUGAAAGAACAACUAAAGGCUGUUGCAGAUGCAUGCAAUAUGCUGAAGGCUAAUAAACGUUUGAAAGAAUUUCUAGCACUAGUACUUCAACUUGGAAACUACAUAAAUGCUGGAAGCUAUGCGGGCAAUGCAGCAGGCUUUACACUCAGUACACUACCAAAGCUCCUAGAAAUAAAAGCAAACAAAUCAAGGCUGACUUUCUUGCACUAUAUGGUAGAAGUUGCAGAAGCUAACAAUAAGGAAAUAUUACAAUUCACAGAAGCGAGUAACAUGAAAGAAAUGGCAAGGAUAUCAGUGGAGUUGCUCCAGGAAGAAGUGACGAAAGCUAUCAGCGAUGUCAAACAUGUUGCAUCACAGCUGAAGAACGAUACAAGUGGAAUCAUGUCACAGUUCAAAGAUUUCUUUAAGGCUGCUUUGAAAUGCAGUAAUGAACUUCAGCAGGCUAUGAAUAAGGUGAAGGCUUGUACUCAUGCUUUAGCCAAACAUUUCUGUGAAGAUCCCAAGAAAUUCAAGCCAGAAGAAUGUUUUCAUUUGUUUGCUGAGUUUUUUACCAUAAUUCAGAGAGUUCGACUGAAUACAGGAAAACAAGGGAAAAGAAGAUUAAGAGAAAGACUUCCAAGUGUUGUGACAUCCAACCAGUGGCAGGAAUAUCAUCAUAAGAAGGAACAACUGAAGCUACAAAUAGAAAGACUAAAAGCUGAGAGAGCAGAAGCACGAAAACUGAAGAAAGAACAGUCUGAGAUUGCUAAGAAACUCAAGAAGCAAACUAAAGCAGAGAAUUGUAGAAAGCCAAAAGUGCACAAGAAAAGAACAAUUUCAGUAUCCUCAGAUUCUGAAGAUGAAGAAUGGAGUGAGUCAGGCAGCAGUGUGGAUGACAUUAGUAUGCUCCCUGAUAGUGAUUUGCAGACAUCUGAUGGCAAGGAAGAUGACAAUUCUGAUCAAAUAAAUAUAACAGAAAAAGAAACAGCAAACAAAGAAGAAAAUAUGAAUAAAUUUUAUAAAAAUGGUGAAUUUCUUCUUGUUUCUUUUCCUGAAAAGAAGAGCUAUUUCAUAUAUGUUUGUAUUGUUCAGUGUGCGUUUGAGGAUGGUGAAAUAGACGUAAUGGCUCUAAAAUCUUGCAACUGUCAGAAGAAAGUUUUUUAUGUUGAUGAAAAUGAUGUUAGUGUUAUUAGCGCAUCACAGGUUAUUGACAAGCUUCCUUUACUACUCUCAAAUAUCACUAAUGAAUAUUUGAAAUAUGAAUUCCAAAACAGUAUUGACUGUGAUGUGUAG